AAGCUCCAUUCUCAUUUGAUACAAUAAGUCUUUACGUACGACAAGAAUUCGGUCAAUUAUAUGAUUCUAAUAUGGCAAAAGGUGAUGCAGCAUGGUAUAUGGAUCAAGUCUAUUGUUCAAUGUUAUUAAAUGAUUAUUGUGAAAAACAUUCGAAUAUUAAAAUUGAUAAACUUUAUAAAACAUCAUCACGUCUUGAUCCAGGUUUAUCACAACAGUUUUGGCACCCACAAAGAUUCAAAGAAUUUGGUGAUGCUCAUACUACACAUGAUGACAUAUUUGAUUCAUAUAAUUGGGGAUCAUUUAGAAAUUUAUUAUUUUUUAUGUUUAACUCAUCAUUAGCAAACGAUUUUGAUUUAUAUUACAAACAAUUUCUUCUUACUUUACGAGAUAAACCAGAAGAUCAUUAA